UUUUCUUUGUUUUUAUUUUUUUGGCUGUCAAAAAUAUACACGGCAAACGAGAGAGAGCAAGUAGUGUGAGAGAAGUUACGUGUUGAAAUUCCAAUUGUGAACAAAAAAAUUUUAAAUUUUUAGAAAAAUUGAAACAAAACUCAAACAAAUAUGGCCAGUUUAAUUAGACAACUAUUGAAACCAAAUGUUUAUCGCUCCGCCAACCUAUGGAUACAGUCUAACAGACUUUUCUCAGCCGAAGGUGGAGCACCACAAACUUACAGCAAGGAAAUUCUGAAGCAGCUAGUAAACACCAAUAAAGUUGUGGUCUUUAUGAAGGGAAAUCCUGAAGCUCCACGUUGUGGUUUCAGUAAUGCUGUAGUGCAAAUCUUGCGUAUGCAUGGUGUGCAAUAUGAUGCCCAUGAUGUUUUGGCCAGCGAUGAAUUAAGACAAAACAUUAAAGAUUUCACUGAAUGGCCUACCAUUCCCCAGGUUUUCAUUAAUGGUGAAUUUGUCGGAGGUUGUGAUAUUCUAUUGCAAAUGCAUCAAAGCGGCGACUUAAUUGAAGAACUUAAAAAGGUCGGCAUUGAAUCUUUAUUGCUAAAGGAAGCCGAAGCUAAUGAUGGUAAAGAUACCAAGAAGGAAUAAAAUGGACUGUUUUCUAUAGCGAAAUAUAAUGUAGAAUAUAUUUUACACACUUGUUAUUCAUUUUUAGUUUAUAAUUAAAAAAUAUAUAUAUAUUAAAGAUAUAUUUAAUCACCAAA